AUGAAUGUUGUCGAGUUAUUCGCCCGUCACGACCCUGACUCCGUGGCCUUUGUUGGCGAGGGCACAUCAGUCACUUAUGGCGAGCUUGCGAAUCGCAUAGCGGUCGCGCGAACUCGCUUCGCCGAGCGCCUGGCGCUGGGUUCAAAGAUCCUCAUCAUGGGCGAGAGUUCGAUCGGGUACAUCGAGGCGAUGUUCGGGGCACUCAGCGCAGGUAUGCCUGUGGUGCCCUUGCACCCACGAUUUCCCCGUGGUGAAGUCGAGCGAGCGGUCGCGUUGGCCCAACCGGCGCUUAUUGUUACGACCGACGCCGAGUCAGCCGCGCUCACCGAUGGGCUAAGUGUCGAAACGAUUACUUCUGCUUCGAUAUUAGAGAAUCCGCCCGUCGAGUUCAUCGCUGCACCCGAUCUGCCCUCGGAGCACCCCGCACUCAUGCUCUUCACGAGUGGUACCGCCGGACACCCGCGAAUUGCUGUCCUCAGUCAUGGAAACGUUGCGGCGAGCGUCGAGCAAUCAGUGGCGAGUGCGCCCUCUCGGGCGAUGCGAGAACAAGUAGUACUCGGUGUUAUCCCGCUUACCCAUGUCUUGGGGAUCGUGAGCGUUGUUGCAGUGGCGGUGACUGUUGGUUCGAGCAUUGUCUUGACCCGCAAGGUCGAUGUCGAUUCGAUUAGUGAUCUCGUCCAAGCUCACAACGUGACCUUCCUCAUCGCUCCACCAGUGUUCUGGUUCCGCUUGGCCCAGAGCGACGUUGACCCCGCCAAGUUGGCGUCAGUCCGCACGGCGAUGAGUGGUGCGGCUCCACUGAGCGGCUCGGUCGCGCUUACGCUGUCAGAGCGCUACGGCCUCAAGAUGCGUCAGGGAUACGGGCUUACCGAGGCUUCGCCUGGCCUGACGUCUUCGGUUGGAACCGAUGCGCCGCCGACAUCGGUCGGUCGCCCGCUGCCCGGUGUGCAGCUGCGGCUCGUCGAUGAAUUCGGUGACGACGCACUGAUUGGCGACGUCGGCGAGCUGUGGGCCAAAGGCGCAAACAUCUUUGCUGGCUAUCUCAACGAUGAUGAG